UAUUUUAUUCACCAUCCUUUACUACGAUCUAUUUUCGAUAACAAUUUAAUUUAUGAUAAUUUGCGAUAAACUGCUGAAUCACAGCUCGCGAUAACAUAUUGCGGUCUAUUUUCACUACUGCUCACGUAGACACAAACAUUCAUUUUCCUCCAGUCAGUGAAAUUUUAACUUUCUGUAAAGUUCUGUUUAUCUUACCAUGGCUACUCUACUUCACGUAGAUCGUUCCGUUGAACUUCGUAAUAGACGGAAAUCGGAAGGGGCAAAGAGAAUUUUGCCACUUCCCAGCGUUCCAGAGGAACGGGAGAGACAUCACUCCGUGGCCACCAUGACAAAUAUACAGGGCUCUAAGGAGCCAAACCGGAAAAUAUCUUUGAUGAGACGAAGUACAAGAUGGACACUUUUGGCCAGCGAUGUGGAGUCAAACCCAGUCUUCACUCAGGUGUCGAGUAAGACAAGGCGGUUGCAGCGUCAAGCAUCGUUUUCUGGAGUCGCCAGUAAACUGAUGGACGCCAGGAGCGAAACCUCCAGAAAGCUGAGCCGACAGAUCAGUAGAAUGGCCAGAGCACAGGAGGAGAAGGAACGACAGAAAAUGAGAGAGAAGGAAGAAGCCGCUGAGGAAGAGAAGAAGAAGAAAGAGCAGGAGUUUGAUCGUUCUACCAUCACGCGCAAGUUGUCAAUUUUCGGCUCAUACCGCAGAAUGUCGUUUAAUCAAAAAGGGAAACUCUCUGAAGAGGUGAGUGAUUGA